GACGUAAUGGCGACACCGGAACACACACACAGAGGAAAGAAACAUGGCGAAUCUCGUGGAGGCGACAACCCAGCAGCAGUUUGAAGAUUUCUUGGCCAAAGCUGGGAAAUGCCUGACUGUGGUGCAUUUCCAGGCGGCAUGGGCUUCUCAGUGCAGCCAAAUGAACGAAGUGAUGACCGAGCUGGCUAAAAUACACGCGCACACCACGUUUGUUAAACUGGAGGCGGAAGCGGUGCCUGAGGUGUCGGAGAAGUAUGAAAUCACCGCUGUACCGACUUUCCUUUUCUUCAAGGGAGGGGAGAAGGUGGACCGCUUGGACGGGGCCAAUGCUCCGGAGCUGGGUAAGAAGGUGCAGCGCUUGGCAGUUACCGGGAGUCCGGGCGGAGCUGCGGAAAGCGGCACCACAGACCUGAACCAGCGGCUAAAGAAGCUAAUCAACGCGGCGCCAUGUAUGCUCUUCAUGAAGGGGUCACCGCAGGAGCCCCGCUGCGGCUUCAGCAGGCAGAUAGUGGGCUUGUUGAAGGAGCACAACAUCCAGUUCAGCAGCUUCGACAUCCUGUCCGACGAGGAGGUCCGACAGGGGCUGAAGACCUACUCCAACUGGCCCACAUACCCUCAGCUGUACGCGAAUGGAGAGCUGGUGGGAGGACUGGACAUAGUGAAGGAGCUGGCCGAGUCUGGAGAGCUGGAGAACACCUGCCCGAAGGCUGUCACCCUGGAGCACCGUCUGAAGACUCUCAUCAACCAGAGCCCAGUCAUGCUGUUCAUGAAGGGGAACAAGGAGGCUGCAAAAUGCGGCUUCAGCAGGCAGACACUGGAGAUUUUGAACGACACCGGGGUGGAUUAUGACACCUUUGAUAUUCUGCAGGAUGAAGAGGUGCGUCAGGGGCUCAAGACCUAUUCUAACUGGCCAACCUACCCACAGCUGUACGUGAAAGGAGACCUGAUCGGUGGACUGGACAUAAUGAAGGAGCUGAAGGAGAAUGGGGAGCUGGUAUCAGUGCUAAAGGGGGAGUAGGUGUAUUCACCAUGUCAUCAGAGAGUGAACAAGAAGCUACUGCACAUGCCCAGACCAGCCCAGUGUCACUGAUGCAACAGGAGGGCCAGGGAGGAAAAUACUAGAUUUAAUAAUCAAAUUGUGUCACAUAUAACCAAGCUGUUGUAGCAUUUGGGUAUAUUCACAGCCUACUUAAAAGUCAAAAAUGAAACUGCACUUAAAGAGAAUUUACUUUUGGUUUAUUAUUUUUGAAGUUUCGGCAGAGUAAUUCUUGAAAACACAUCUUGAGAAACGUUUAAAGUGAAUGUGAAGCGAUCCCUGUGCGUGGCCUGAUUUUAUAAAUCCUGUCUGACUCUGGGAAAAUACACUGAGAACAGAUGACUUACAUGUUUUCUGCAUUUUGGGGGGUUACACUCGUCCUUCCAAUAUUCACAGCCUCACACUUAAGAGCGGGUUUAUAUUUAGUGAAGCCUCUGACUUUUCCUGUUGUCCUGUCCACGCUUUCCUCACCUGAAAGAAAAACAGUUACAGCUAUGUCCAAUAAUCACUCUGGUUAAAUGCAUAGAACUAACUCUAGGUGGCAGUUAUUGAGACUUUGUUCAUUAAUAACAUUAUGAUUAAACAAUUAAAAAAAACUAAGAUUUGGUGUUGUUUUUGGUGCUGCUUCUAUCAGCUUGCUAAUAUGUACAAAAUAUCACUUUGUAGAAUCUGCUGGCAACCAAACUAGGGUUGCAGCGAUAUGUUUCAAGGUAUACUGUGAUAUAAACGUUUCUAUCAUGCAGAGUACAUUUGCUUAUCUACAAUAUUGGGGGGAAAAAUGCAACUGGAUGUUGAAUCUCCCAUUUAUUUUAGUUGUUUUCAAAGAGGAGACUUUAUACACAUACUUCUAUUAACAAAAUGGCUUCAAUUAUAGUAAUAAAACAUUUAUUUAACCAACAACAAACCCUCUCUGUUUUAUUCCUUUAAGGGUCAUUCUGACUGAUAAUAUAAGUUAUGUAAUAUCUUGAUACAGUGAAACCGCAAUGCUUUCUGAGACUGUCAUCGUACUGUGAAAAUCUCAUACUGUCGCAACCCUAAACCAAACAAACCGUAUAUUCACAAACAGCAAUGCAACAUCUUAAACCAGGGGUGUCAAACAUACUGCUCGGGGGCCAGAACCAGCCCGCCUAAGGGUCCAAUCCAGCCCUCUACAUGACUUUGCACAUCUAAUAUUGAUGCUCAUGUGAAGGCUGACAGGUUUCAGGAGAUAUUUGAAAACAAUAAAUAUUCUCUAUAGUCAUAUUUAAAGAUAUUGAACAUUGUGCAAAAUGCUUUCAACCAGCAGCUUCAGUACAAAAGGAUCUGUAUCAGACUUCGAUCUUAAAACAAUAUUAGUGGAACCCUGCUGCUGAGGCACUGACAGAACUUCAGAUUGUAAGUGAUUUGUCAGUGGAUGAGUUAAUCUGCUUCUUCAAUAGCCUCCACUUUAAUGGAAAAUUAUGAAAAAAGUCACAUGUAAUGAAAGCAAGCAGUAGACUGACUGGAUGUAGAAAGGGUGAUCGUGGGCUGUUCAUCAUUUGUUUUGUAAAUGGAUGAACAUAUUCAGAAAGAUUUUCUUUACGCUAAAAAAUGGAAAAACUCUGAAGGGGAUGUCCCACUUGAGAUCAAAUUGGGCUGUAUGCGGCCCCGAACUAAAAUGAGUUUGACACCCCUGCCUUAAACCUAAUAUGAGAAAGUAAAAGUUGUUGAAAUUGCGUUGAUUUUGCUGUAGAAUAACAAAAGUUGUGUCUGUGAACAUAAAUACAGCACAUCCACAAUUCUUAGCUGUAGUUAAACUGCUGUUAAAUGUAAAGUUUAAUACCGUAAAACUUUUAACUAAAAGCCUAGUCCCAAUUUACCACCCAGUCCCUUUUACUCCGCCGAUGUGGCUACACAUUUUGACAAAUAAACACCUGUCUCAUAUAGAGGCCUGGUCUGGUUGCCAAACAAUUCAUUUUUUUUUGAAGUUCUUCAGAUGUAUAAAUCCUCAACUUAUGUGUCCAUUCCUCAAUCACCUUGUAAGUUAUUCAUAUUCCUUUAGUGUGUAAGGGUCCUCAGAUCAAAAGAAUCAAAAGGGUUUUUCAUAAAAAUGAAUCCAAGUUGUGAGUAUUGUUUUAACAGGAUAAAGUGAUGUUGUGUUAGUAUGCCGGGUGCUGUAAUCCUAGAGUGCUGUAACUCUCUCUGAUGCACUGAUGUCUGUUGGAGUGAGAUCAAAUGAAUGAUUCAUAAUUGAUAUAUCAUCUGAAGCCUAAUUUUUAAACAAGUAAUAUUCAUACUGGUUUA